UUCAAUUCUAGCUGGGUCCGCGUGACGCUGCUGUCACAUGGCAGAAGACUUAGAAAUCACUAAAAUCAGUAAUUAUUUAUUAUAUUAUUAACAAUUACAAAUGUACCAGAAUGAUUGUUUAUGGAACAAUUGAGCUGUUAAAUAGAAUAAAAGAAAUGUACUACUGAAAGAAAUGUAUAAUUGUAUGGUUGUAAAUGUACUUUGUAGCAUGGCAGCUAGCGAGGAAUUGACAGAAGAAAUCAUUGACAACUUAAAAGACUUUGGGAUGGCAUAUCCCUUACUGGAAAAGUACAAGAUCCCCAUGGAUGAUGUGAAGGAUCUCUUCACAGCAAAGCUGGUACUGAAGCGCCAUCUACAGUCUAUUAAGAACCCAGGGAAAUCAACAAAAAAUGCAAGAGAAAUUGUUGGGAGGUUGAAAGACGACUAUGAAAAGAACAAAAAGAUACUCCAAAAGUUCUACCAAGAUACAAAGAGUCACCUGCCAGAUGUAGAUCAAUCCAUUCUGAGUCAACUAGAACGGGACAAUGCAACUUCACAAUUUCGACAAAUGAUUGAGGAAGCCAUGGAGAUGCUUCAAGAUUCAAAGUGCCCUAUCCUGGUAGCAGGCGAAACAUCCUCAGGAAAGAGCAGUCUGCUGAACCUCAUCUUAGGGGAGGAGCUUCUGCCAACAUCCACACUCAGCACAACGUCAGUCAUCUGUGAGAUCCGUUAUGGGCAAAAGCGUAAAGUAAAAGUCUUUACGUGGGAAGGGGAGAUGAUAGAAGUUCCCCUUAGUGAUGCGGAUGAUGACAAAUCCUCCCUUCAAAAGCUUUCAGAGUAUGUGCAUCAAAAAGGAAAAAGGGAUGAGGAAGACUUCCCAUACAAAAAAGCAGAAAUAUACCUGCCUGUCGAUUUUUUGAAGGAUGGCAUCACCAUUGUGGACAGUCCAGGAGUUGGGGAAAGUGAGAAGAUGGAUGAGGUGGUAUAUGACUACUUACAAGAGGCCUUUGCCUUCAUUUACGUCAUCAACAGUUCAAAUGCUGGGGGAAUUCAGAAAGACAGGCUUGGCAAGCUGAUGGCUGUGGUUACCUCUAAAAACCAACAGCACCUAAAUGCAAAAGACCAGAAAGGUGGUGCUAUUCGAGCAUUCUCCCCAAGUGCUGCCAUUUUCGUCUGCAAUAAGUGGGACCAGGUGCCACCACAAGAAAAGGAAGCAGUUCAAAGAGAGCAGCUACGUGUCCUGAAACGUUACUGGCCAGGUUGCACAGAGGAUCAGGUCUUCCAGUUGAGCACCUUGACUGCUGCAAAGGCCCUACAUCACGACGUCAUGAUGGACGACUUCUGUCUGCUGCUUGGAGGCAUCGAGCAGUUCAUUCCCGCAACACUGCAGAGAAAGCUGCAAGUGCACUACUGUUGGCUUGAACAGUUCUUGAGCAGUAUCCUUUACAAGGCAAGAGCUCUUGAAGUAAAUGUAGCUGAUGGGCAAUAUAAGGAAAAGCAGUUGCUUGAGAGAGAAAAGAGGCUAAGUCUUGCAAAAUCAGCUGGAUCAAAAAUCAUUCUGGCCAUGAAAAACAAAGUUGAAAAAAGAACAGAGCAGGGCAUACAAGAAGUAAGAAAGCUUCUUGAGGAUCCAAAGAUCAAAGAAAAGGCAACUUCCUGGUCAUUGGCUGAUGUUCCUAUGGGAGCAAGCCUUUACGAACUGGACAGAAUGGCUCAACAUGAGGUUCUUCUCCGUGUGCAAAAUCUCAUCAUGGACUGGGAAGAGGAGACCGGUUUUUUCAGAGACACAAAGUCAGUGUUGGAGGGCUUGUUUCAUCAAGCUCUUGUUAAGCUGGAGAAGGUCAUAGAAAGUGCUGAUCAAUAUCAUGACUACGACUGGCCUGAUGAAAACACAGAAGUCUUUGACAAACAGUCGAAUGAUAACGGUGCAAUGGCUGCUGAAGUGAUGAGACAAAGAAAUGUUGGUAUGUUCAUUGCACAGAAGGCAAUUGGAAUGAUGUCUUCAUUUUGGGUUCCCCUGGGGUUCUUAAGAGCUCUCCUUCAGGCACCUGCUCUAAGGUUUGUAGACAUUAUCAGCAUGAAGGAAAACGUCAAGGUACAACGCAAGCAUACAGAUCAAAAAGAUCCAAGAAGUCAGUUAGCACACCUACAAAGUGGGAGUAAGAAGGUCUUUGAGAAAUUCAAAGACAGCAACCAGGUGAGGAAAUUUGUGACAACACAGAUGAAACAGGCAAAGCGCGUCAUAGAGAGCUAUGAGGGAACGAUUGAUGACAUCAUUGAAUCCAACAGGCAGAUGGUUCUCCAACUACGACAAGAUGACAGGACAAGUGAUGAAGUCCAGAGGGCCCUAGGUCAGUUCAAGGCCACAAUCAGUCACAUCUAUGAAGAUCUCUGCAUGUUUGGUGCACAGCAUGUGAGAACAUUUGACUAUGAUGCUGCACAGAUCUCAGUAGAAGAGCAACCUAUUGUCAGUUCAUCUUUCAGCAACAUCUACAAGGCCAAGCUGAACACAAGAAAGGCCAAUGACAAAGUCACAGUAAAGAGCUACAUUGGAACAUCAGAACAGAAUGCAAAUUACAUGGUCUCAGAGGAGAAGUGCCUCAGAGGGCUACGGCAACGUAACAUCAUUCAGUUGAUGGGCACUGCAAGAGCCAAACAAAAUGGAAUCCCCAUGCUCAUCCUAGAAGACAUGCGUCAAUCAAUUAGAAUGAGAUUUACCAGCUGCAAAGCCCACCUUCCCAAACCAGUGGUACAGGGUUAUCUGAUAGACAUAGGUGAGGGUCUUAAGUACCUACACAAGAAGGCAUUAGUCCACCUCAUCCUGUCUCUGGACACAGUAGUGGAAGCAGCUGAUGGGAAAAUCAAGCUGACAAAUGCCUGCACACCAAGGUGUUUGAUGGAACCAGAGGAUGCUGAUGACCUGCCAAAGGAGUACAUGUACCUGUCCCCCAAGGUGCUACAAGGUGCAGUGUAUGACCAAGCAGCAGACAUGUACAGCUUAGGCUUGAUAAUGUGGGAAAUGUGGAAUCAUAAGUCUAUCAGUCUUCCAUCUACUUAUACUAGCAUAACAUUAGAUCUGCUCAAAGCAGGUGUGGUAAAACAAAAUCUUCCUCCUCCAAGUGUGUCUGCUCCAGCAGAAAAUUGGGAGCACUUGAUGAAUGUCUGCCUAGACUCUUCUGGAGAUAUUGAAUACUGGCUUCGUGAACUAAAGAAACAUGGGCAUUUGGAGACUGAAGUUUAAUCCGUACAACCAUUAACUGGAAUUUAACUGGAAGUUAUUAGGCUGAAUUUAUUCCAUGGCAUAUGACAGAGGUACAGCUCUGUACUUUCUUUGUGAUGCACUAAAAAUGAAACUUAAGUUUACACAGCCCAUAGCACCUUAUAUGCCAGGAAUAUUUUGUAGUUAUUAUAUAUCCCAGGAUACAUGUAUGUCAAACUGCAAAAAACAAUUGUAACAUUUUUGGAUAUCUGCAAAUUUGGACUUCAUAGCCAAUGUACUCAAAUAGAUUGUCAAUGACUCAUGAAUGAGUGAUUUAUGUUUAAGUUAAUAUACUAUGUUCAAAUGUAGGUACAGCUGGUAAAUGCAGGAAAUAUUUUUUUCAUGUGUGAAACUUUUUUCAUGUGUGAAACUUAAACAGGCAAAAGUAUUAUCAUGAAGUAAUGUAUAGCAUAUACAUGUAUAUAUGAACACAUCAAUGUUAUACUCACUUUCAACCCACAAAGUUACUGAUUACAAAUAGUUUGUUAAUACAUGUAUAUGUAUAUGUAUAAGAAAACGUAGGCCACCACACAACUUUAAUUUCUUGGUUCUCUACUUGCUCCCUUUCUUUCCUGGUUGAAAAAAAAUUCAUGUGAAAGUUUUCUACUUACUAAUGCAUUCAAAGAUCAACUUUGAUAGUUUGAAAUGCUACCUUGCCUGGUCAUCAGUUGACUCUGUGGCUCUAAUUGGCUGUGUCUUGUUUAUUCCAUUGUGCUUGCCCGCUCCAUUUAUUUCCUGGAAAAAAAUUAAGAAACAAGAAAUUAAAUUUUCCUGGCUUAAUAUAGAAUUCAGCUUCAGAGCUCUUGCGAGCCCAACACCUGAGUAGAAUUAAAAACAGGCAGCCUAGUUAAGUUUUCAAGAACAAUUACAAGCAAUGUUCAAUAACAACAUUUCAGCUCAAAUAACUUUGUAGGAUAGCCAUGUCACAAAUGGUCCACAGUUACAUGUAGGUGACUGACAAUUUGUGUAACUAUUGGUGAUGAUUCCUUUGUAUCAAGUAAUAAUUUGAUACUGAUUAUCAUCAAUAAUACAAUGUGUAUCUUGUCUCAAUGCAUAUGCCUGUUAUACAGGCUUGUUAGACUGCCGCUGAGUUGAUAUCAGACACAAUCUACUUUGAAAAUAAAAUUCACUUCAAAUAGAGAAUGAUAGAGAAAUUAUGGGAAAGAAUAUGGAAAUCAAGACUUCUUCUGUUGGCAUCCAAUCAUCUAA